GUACAAGCAAUUAAAGUUAAUUAUCGGCAAUCCUCGACGGGUUUGAAACGAGCACAAGGGCAGCCUCUAUCGAAGACCGUGCGUCCGAUGGUUUCUAGAGAACGGAGUCCCAUGUGGUGUCUCCUUUUAACGGCAAACUUUGAUUUAAAACUGGCCCUCGGGUGGCCCGGCCGUCAUCUCCGGUGCGGAAUUUUCGGCCGAACGGAGUUCCCAGAAACCGUGCCGAGAAACAAAAAAGACGGCAUUGCAAAUCCUCGAGAUGGUGGGAGACGCACGUACGCGCACUUUCUCUUCCACGACGGGCUCAUUGUCAGUGUCUUUGAAAAAUCCGAAUCGGGUAAAUCUGACCCGUCUCGUCGGCCCGCCGUCGACCAUGCGUUUGGUUUUUUUCGAUUCGUUUUUGUUUCGCGCCGGCUCCUAAGCCGCCCACGAACCGUUUUCGUUUGUUAUGUUAUCGUUGUCUCGGCCGUCCGCGGGUUAUGAGCGGCUGAGUGCCGGGAACCGCGAUAUGAGACGUCUCCGGGUCGUCGUCGCCCUCGCGACGAUCUGCGUCAACGUCCUCGAGUGCGUUAAUACAGAGUCAGCGGCGUACGCGGGGGUGGAGAAGCAGCGCUACGACGGUUGGUUCAACAACCUCGCGCAUCCCGAAUGGGGCUCGGUGGACAGCCACCUGGUGCGGAGGGCGCCGCCCGCUUACGCCGACGGCGUCUACACGCUGUCGGGGCAAGACCGGCCGAGCCCCCGCAAACUGAGCCGCCUGUUCAUGAAGGGGGUCGACGGGCUCGGGUCCCUCACCAACCGGACCGCCCUGCUCGCGUUCUUCGGACAACUGGUGACCUCCGAGGUUGUGAUGGCGAGCGAGAGCGGUUGCCCGAUCGAGAUGCACCACAUCGAGGUGGAAAAGUGCGACGAGAUGUACGACGACGAGUGCAAAGGCGACAAGCACAUCCCCUUUCACCGCGCCGUCUACGACAGGAAGACGGGGCAGAGUCCCAACAGUCCCCGCGAGCAAGUCAAUCAGGUGACCAGCUGGAUCGACGCCAGUUUCGUGUACAGUACUAGCGAGCCGUGGCUGAACGCGAUGCGUUCCUUCGUCAACGGCUCGCUGCUUGCCGACCCUACGGGGAAGAUGCCCGUGCGGAACUACAAGAAGGUGCCGCUGUUCAACAACCCGGUGCCGCACACCAUGAAGACGCCUAGCACCGAGAGGCUGUUCCUGUUAGGUGAUCCGCGCACCAACCAGAACCCCGCCCUCCUCACCCUCGGCGUGCUCUUCUUCCGCUGGCACAACGUGGUGGCCGCGCGCGUCCAAAAGGCCAACCCCACGUGGUCCGACGAGGACGUGUUCCAGAAGGCGCGGCGCAUCGUCAUCGCGACGCUACAGAACGUCAUCGCGUACGAGUACCUGCCCGCGUUCCUCGGCGAGAACCUGCCCCAGUACCGCGGGUACCGUCGCGACGUCCACCCGGGCGUCACGCACGUGUUCCAGAGCGCCGCGUUCCGGUUCGGCCACUCGCUGAUCCCGCCCGGCCUCUACCGUCGCGACGCCCGCUGCAAUUUCAAGAAGACCCCGAUGGGAUACCCGGCCCUGCGACUCUGCUCCACCUGGUGGGACUCGAACGACGUCCUGGCCAGCGACUCGUUGGAGGAGCUGCUCAUGGGCAUGGCGUCGCAGCUCGCGGAACGCGAGGACUCGGUCCUGUGCUCGGACGUGCGCGACAAACUCUUCGGCCCGAUGGAGUUCUCGAGGCGGGACCUGGGCGCGUUGAACAUCAUGCGGGGUCGCGACAACGGCCUGCCCGACUACAACACGGCCAGGGCGCACUACGGCCUGGCGCGCGUCGCCAACUUUCCCGACAUCAACCCGAAACUGUUCGGAAACAGGCCGGAGCUGCUGCGCACGCUCGUCGCCGCGUACGCUAACGACAUCGACAACGUCGACGUCUACGUGGGCGGCAUGCUGGAGAGCUACGGCGGACCCGGGGAAUUGUUCCGGGCCGUCAUCAAGGAGCAGUUCGAGCGUAUCCGCGACUCGGACCGCUUCUGGUUCGAGAACGAGGCGAACGACGUCUUCACCGCGGCGGAGAUCAGCGACCUGAAGAAGAUCACGCUCUGGGACGUGAUCGUCAACAGCACCAACGUCGACCCGAACGCGAUCCAGAGGAACGUCUUCUUCUGGUUAUCGGGCGAUCCGUGUCCCCAACCAGCGCAGCUCAACGUCUCGCUGAUGGAGCCGUGCAAGAUUAUCGGCGGCCACGAUUAUUUCGAGAACAACGAGCUGGUGUACAUCUACGCGUGCGUGUUCCUCGGCUUCGUGCCGAUCAUGUGCGCCGGCGCGGGCUACGGCGUCGUCAAGCUGCAGAACCGCCGCCGGCGCCGCCUCAAGAUGAAGCAGGAAGCGCUCAAGAAUAAAAACUGCAAGCUGACCGUCGACGGCAUGGUGGUGCACGAGUGGCUCCACGCCAACUACAAGAGGGUCGUCAAGGUCAAGUUCGGGCCGGACGCCGCCAUCAACAUCGUCGGCCGCAAGGGUGAGACGCUGCGGUCCGUCAACCUGAAAAACUGCGAGCAGGUGGUUGUGGACGAGUCCCUCGACGUCAGCAGCGCGAAGAAGCCGACGGCGCUGAUCCGCGUGCCGCGCGACCACGACCUAGUGCUCGAGUUCGACACCGUCGCCGGCAAGAAAAAGUUCCUGGGCAAGCUGGAGACGUUCCUCGCGUCGAACAAGAAGGGCCUGCGGCUCACGCAGGUGGCGCGCGAGCUAAUGCUUGCCAAGGCGGAAACUAAGGAGCGCAGGGAGAAGAAGCUGGAGCACUUCUUCAGGGAGGCUUAUGCGCUGACGUUCGGGCUGCGGCCCGGCGAGCGGCGCAGGCGCAGCGACGACACCGCCGACGGCGAGGUCGUCACCGUGAUGCGCACGUCGCUGACGAAGGCGGAGUUCGCGAGCGCGCUCGGCAUGAAAACGGACGCGGUGUUCGUCAAGAAGAUGUUCAACGUGGUGGACAAGGACGGCGACGGCCGCAUCUCGUUCCAGGAGUUCCUCGACACGGUGGUGCUGUUCUCGCGCGGCAAGACCGAGGACAAGCUGCGCAUCGUGUUCGACAUGUGCGACAACGACCGCAACGGCGUCAUCGACAAGGAGGAGUUCUCGGAGAUGCUGCGCUCGCUGGUGGAGAUCGCGCGUACCACGAGCCUCUCCGACGACCACGUGACGGAGCUGAUCGACGGCAUGUUCGAGGACGCGGGGCUCCGUCACAAGGACUACCUCACCUACCAGGACUUUAAGGAGAUGAUGCGCGAGUACAAGGGCGACUUCGUCGCGAUCGGUCUCGACUGCAAGGGCGCCAAGCAAAACUUCCUCGACACGUCGACGAACGUCGCGCGCAUGACCAGCUUCCACAUCGAGCCGAGCGUCGACGCGGAAAAAUCGUGGCUUCGCCUCAGGUGGGACGCGCUCACCACCUUCCUCGAGGAGAACCGCCAGAACAUAUUCUACCUGUUCAUCUUUUACGUCGCCACGAUAGCCCUGUUCGUCGAGCGGUUCAUACACUACUCGUUCAUGGCGGAGCACACCGACCUGCGCCACAUCAUGGGCGUCGGCAUAGCGAUCACGCGGGGAUCCGCGGCCUCGCUCUCCUUCUCCUACAGCAUCCUGCUGCUCACGAUGUGCAGGAACCUGAUCACGAAACUCAAAGAGUUCUCGGUGCAGCAAUACGUGCCGCUCGACGCGCAUAUCCAGUUCCACAAGAUCGCCGCCUGCACCGCCCUUUUCUUCUCGAUGCUCCACACCGUCGGCCAUAUCGUCAACUUUUACCACGUGUCCACCCAGCCGGUCGAGAACCUCAAGUGUCUGACCAACGAGAUCCGGUUCCCGUCCGAUUACAAGCCGGGCAUCACGUUUUGGCUGUUCCAGACCGUCACAGGUCUGACCGGGGUGCUGCUGUUCGUCGUCAUGUGCGUGAUAAUCGUGUUCGCCCACCCCACCGUGCGCAAAAAGGCCUACAAGUUCUUCUGGUUCACGCACAGCCUCUACGUGGCGCUGUACGCGCUGUGCCUAGUGCACGGCCUCGCCCGGCUGACGGGGGCGCCGCGCUUCUGGAUGUUCUUCGUCGGGCCGGGCGCGGUCUUCAUCUUGGACAAGGUGGUGAGCAUGAGGACGCGCUACAUCCCGCUGGACGUGCUCGAGACGGAGCUGCUGCCCUCCGACGUCAUCAAGAUCAAGUUCUACAGGCCGCCGAACCUCAAGUACCUGUCGGGGCAGUGGGUGCGGCUCGCGUGCACCGCCUUCAGGGACCGCGAGUUCCACUCGUUCACGCUGACGUCCGCGCCCCACGAGAACUUCCUGUCGUGCCACAUCAAGGCCCAGGGCCCGUGGACGUGGAAGUUGCGCAACUACUUCGACCCGUGCAACUACAACCCCGACGACCGGCCCAAGAUCCUGCUGGAGGGCCCGUUCGGAGGCGGCAACCAGGACUGGUACAAGUUCGAGAUCGCGGUCAUGGUCGGGGGCGGCAUCGGCGUCACGCCCUACGCCUCCAUACUCAACGACCUCGUGUUCGGCACGUCGACCAACCGGUACUCGGGGGUCGCGUGCAAGAAGGUGUACUUCUUGUGGAUCUGCCCGUCGCACAAGCACUUCGAGUGGUUCAUCGACGUGCUGCGCGACGUCGAGAAAAAGGACGUGACCGACGUGCUCGAGAUCCACAUCUUCAUCACGCAGUUCUUCCACAAGUUCGACCUGCGCACGACGAUGCUCUACAUCUGCGAGAACCACUUCCAGCGCCUGGCCAAGACGUCCAUCUUUACCGGUCUGAAGGCGGUCAACCACUUCGGCCGGCCCGACAUGACCUCGUUCCUCAAGUUCGUGCAGAAGAGGCACAGCUACGUCAGCAAGAUCGGCGUGUUCAGCUGCGGCCCGCGGCCGCUGACCAAGAGCAUCAUGUCCGCCUGCGACGAGGUCAACACCGGCCGCAGGCUGCCCUACUUCGUGCACCACUUCGAGAACUUUGGCUGAUUGUGAUUUUUUACUUAACUCCCAAUAAAGUAUUUUUUUACGCGACGAUCGUUUAGAAAGGAAAACACCUCCCGCAAUAAAACCUCUUUAUUUUCGUACAAACUAAACACGUAAUGCCGCUAAGUA